UUAUGGUGGAUUGACGACGCAGGACGUCAUUUGAACUAUUUACCUGAAUUGUGUGACACUACACUGUUUAUCCUGUUGUGAGUAUCACGGACGAUACAUGCCUGGUCCUGGGAUACUUUCGCUGUAAUCGCUCGCGAUGGAUAAGGAUGGACAAAGGCGCAGAUGUGGGUACUGGUGGAUUGCUUUGUGUUUGAUGCUGCAUUUUAAGCAGCCUGUUUCAGCACAGCUCAGAUAUUCUAUUCCAGAGGAGGUGAAUGAGGGAUCACACGUGGGAAAUAUUGCUAAGGAUCUCGGUCUUGAUGUCAGUUCGUUAGAGCACAGACGAUUCCGUAUUGUAGCUGGAUCCAAGGAUAUAUUUUUCCAGGUAAAUCAGAACAAUGGCAUCUUGUACGUUCAUAAGAAAAUCGACCGAGAGGAGAUUUGUGAUGGCAAUGGCGCAUGUUUGCUAAGCUUAAAGAUUGCAGUUGAAAAUCCACUCGAAGUUCACUAUGUUGAGGUCGAAAUAACAGAUGUAAACGAUCACUUCCCUUCUUUCCCAGAAAAAGACGUACACGUAGAAAUUGCAGAAAACACAGUAAAAGGCACUCGCUUCGAUCUUCCCACCGCGAGAGAUUUGGAUGUUGGCGUUAAUUCCAUUCGUUCCUAUCGGCUCGGACAAAACGAUCAUUUUGACAUAGAGAUAAGAGACAGUGAAUAUGGGGAUAAAAAUCCUUUUCUGCUUUUACAGAAACCCUUAGAUAGGGAGAAUCAAGAGAAGCACGUCUUAACUUUGACUGCAAUUGAUGGUGGAAAUCCACCAAAAUCAGGCACUUUAAAUAUAACUGUCACGGUCCUUGAUGCUAACGACAACCGCCCAAUAUGCAACCGAGACACGUACACUAUUACGUUAAAUGAGAACGUCUCUCCCGGUUUUACGGUAACAUUUGUUAAUGCAACUGACCCAGAUGAGGGCGUUAAUGGAGAAGUUGAAUAUACUUAUGGCAGAAAUGUGCAGCGAAAAGUACAUGAUGUUUUUGAUUUGGACAAGGUGACAGGUGAAAUACGUGUCAAAGGCAAAAUAGAUUUUGAAGAGAACGAAAUUUAUAGUGUAAAUAUAAAAGCAUCUGAUAAGGGACGCCCUCCACUACAUACUGACUGCAGAGUUAUCAUAAAGAUUAUAGAUGUCAAUGAUAAUGAACCUGAGAUUGAAGUCACGUCGCUUUCUAAUAUUGUUUCUGAAGAUGCAAAACCCGGGACAGUCAUUUCUCUUAUAAGCAUAACGGACAAAGAUUCGGGGAUUAACGGUAAAGUUGUUUGUAGCUUGUCAAAGAAUGUGCCAUUUGAGUUGAAACCAUAUGUUCAGCAGAACAUGUAUUCUCUAGUAACAAAAGAGAGUUUGGACCGGGAGGUUGCGUCCCAUUAUGACAUUACAGUAACAGCUACUGAUUUAGGCAACCCAGCUCUUUCAGCGUCAACACCUCUAAGCGUAGAGGUGUCUGAUGUUAACGAUAAUACACCGCAAUUUCCCCACAGCCCUCUUGAGAUUUACCUGUUUGAAAAUAAUGCACCUGGAGAGUCAAUAUUCUCUGUCAGCGCCAGUGACAAAGACAAAAAUGAAAAUUCCCAUAUCACUUAUAACAUUAUAAGAGGCGAUCAGACACAAAGCGAUAUGACUUCAUUCCUCAAUAUCAAUUCUGAAACGGGCGUAAUUAGCGCUCUCAGAUGUUUUGACUUUGAAACGGUAAAAAAGUUCCAGUUCCAUGUGCUCGCUACAGACUCUGGAAGUCCGUCUCUGAGCAGUAACGUGACAGUGAACGUGUUUAUUCUGGAUCAGAACGACAACGUUCCAGUGAUCUUAUAUCCAGUCAGCGCUAACGGUUCUGCUGAGGGUGUGGAAGAGAUUCCCCGGAAUGUGAACGCUGGUCAUUUGGUGUCUAAAGUCAGAGCCUAUGACGCAGAUAUAGGAUACAACGGCUGGUUAUUGUUUUCACUGCAGGAAGUUAGUGACCACAGUCUCUUUAGUUUGGACCGCUAUACAGGACAGAUAAGAACCCUUCGCUCAUUCACAGAAACAGACGAGACCCAGCAUAAACUGCUCAUACUGGUCAAAGACAAUGGGAACGUUUCACUCUCAGCAACAGCGACUGUGAUUGUCAAAGUUGUGGAGCCCAAAGAGGCUUUUGCAGCUUCUGAUGUUAAAAACGCAGUAAGAGACGAGGAGGAAAACGACGUGACAUUUUAUCUGAUCAUCACUUUGGGCUCGGUUUCAGUGCUUUUUGUCAUCAGCAUCAUCGUGUUGAUUGUGAUGCAGUGCUCUAAACCUACAGACUAUUCGUCCAAGUAUUUACAGGAUGCAAAUUACGACGGGACUCUGUGUCACAGCAUCCAGUACAGAUCUGGAGACAAACGGUACAUGUUAGUUGGACCCAGAAUGAGUAUCGGCUCUACAAUAGCGCCAGGCAGUAAUAGGAAUACUCUAGUGAUACCAGAUCGCAGGAGGAGAGAUUCUGGAGAGGUAAGAAUAUUCACUUGCCAUAAACAUCUACUACGGCCUCUAAUAAUCGAGGAUACAGUUGCCUUUAGAGAAAGCGCUAAUAAAUCGCUCGCGAUGGAAGCCGGAGGACAAAGGCGCAGAUGGGAGUACUGCUGGAUUGCUAUGUGUAUUUCUUUUCUUCUUGACUCCGGACAGCAGGUUUCAGCUCAGAUAAGAUAUUCAAUUCCAGAAGAAGUGAAAGAAGGAACCACUGUGGGAAAUAUUGCUAAGGAUUUGGGUCUUGAAGUAAGUAGCUUGGUGGACAGGCAGUUUCGAAUCGUUUCUGGAUCUAAAGAGGAGCUUUUUCAGAUCAAUCAGGAAAAUGGGAUUUUGUACGUUAUUAAGAAAAUCGACAGAGAGUCUUUGUGUGUUGGCAGCGGUGUUUGUAUGGUGAAUUUAAAAACCGUUAUUGAAAAUCCUCUCGAGAUGCAUUAUGUAGAAGUAGAAAUAUUAGAUAUAAACGACCACUCUCCUAUAUUUCCUAAUAAAGAGCAGCGUCUAAGAAUUUAUGAAAAUACGCUGCCUGGUGCUGAUUAUCAGUUACAGGCUGCUAGAGAUCCCGAUUCUGGGACUAAUUCGGUCCGGUCCUAUAAAUUAAGUCCUAAUGAUCAUUUUGAAAUUCGAGUUAGAGAAAGUGAUGAGGAUAAAAUGCCAUUUUUAGUUCUAAAGAAGGCUGUUGAUAGAGAGAUUACAACGACAUACAAGCUGCUUCUAACGGCAGUUGAUGGAGGGAAUCCUCCGAAAUCUGGGACUCUUACUAUUAAUAUUACUGUUCUAGACAUAAAUGAUAAUCGACCUGUAUUUAGUCGUGAGACAUAUUCUGUGACACUAGAAGAGAACUCUGCUAUAGGCACUGUGGUUCUUCGAGUAAAUGCUACUGAUAUAGAUGAGGGCCCAAAUAGUAAUGUCGAAUACAGUUUUGCGACGUUAAACAGCAAAGUGCAUGAUGUGUUUGAGCUUGAUCAGGUCACAGGUGAAAUACGUGUAAAGGGGGAAGUGGAUUUUGAAGAUACUGAAAUUUAUAAACUCGAUAUUCAGGCAUCAGAUAAGGGGCAUCCUCCCAUGUCUGCAAAGUCUAGAAUUGUCAUUAAGAUUAUUGAUGUGAAUGACAACCUGCCAGAGAUUGAGAUUACGUCACAUUCUAAGAAUAUCCCUGAAGAUUCUAAACCUGGAACGGUAAUUUCUCUCAUCAGUGUGACUGAUAAAGACUCCGGGAUCAACGGUAAAGUGAUUUGUCAGUUAAACAAAAAUAUUCCAUUUGAGCUAAAGCCUUCCUUCAAAGACAAUAUGUACUCUUUAGUAACAAAAGAUCGGUUAGAUAGAGAAACUGAUUCACAGUAUGAAAUUACAAUUACCGCCUCUGACUUAGGACAGCCGUCUUUGACUGCAUCGACUACACUAAGCGUUCAGAUUUCUGAUGUAAAUGAUAAUGCUCCAGAAUUUUUAAUAAAUCCUCUAGAUCUUUACUUAGUGGAAAAUAAUGCUGCCGGUUCCUCUAUAAUUUCAGUGAGCGCCUCUGAUAGAGACAGUGCUGAAAAUGCCGUGAUAUCGUAUCACAUAAUUAGAGGUGAUGGAACACAGAAUGAUUUGUCGUCUUUCUUGAAUAUAAAUUCCGAAACAGGUGUUGUUUAUUCGCUAAAGAGCUUUGACUUUGAAACGUUAAAAACAUCUCAGUUCCAUGUUCUCGCCACAGACUCUGGAAGUCCGUCUCUGAGCAGUAACGUGACAGUGAACGUGUUUAUUCUGGAUCAGAACGACAACGUUCCAGUGAUCUUAUAUCCAGUCAGCGCUAACGGUUCUGCUGAGGGUGUGGAAGAGAUUCCCCGGAAUGUGAACGCUGGUCAUUUGGUCACUAAAGUCAGAGCCUAUGACGCAGAUAUAGGAUACAACGGCUGGUUAUUGUUUUCACUGCAGGAAGUUAGUGACCACAGUCUCUUUAGUUUGGACCGCUAUACAGGACAGAUAAGAACCCUUCGCUCAUUCACAGAAACAGACGAGGCCCAGCAUAAACUGCUCAUACUGGUCAAAGACAAUGGGAACGUUUCACUCUCAGCAACAGCAACUGUGAUUGUCAAAGUUGUGGAGCCCAAAGAGGCUUUUGCAGCUUCUGAUGUUAAAAACGCAGUAAAAGACGAGGAGGAAAACGACGUGACAUUUUAUCUGAUCAUCACUUUGGGCUCGGUUUCAGUGCUUUUUGUCAUCAGCAUCAUCGUGUUGAUUGUAAUGCAGUGCUCUAAAUCUACAGACUAUUCGUCCAAGUAUUUACAGGAGACAAAUUACGACGGGACUCUGUGUCACAGCAUCCAGUACAGAUCUGGAGACAAACGGUACAUGUUAGUUGGACCCAGAAUGAGUAUCGGCUCUACAAUAGCGCCAGGCAGUAAUAGGAAUACUCUAGUGAUACCAGAUCGCAGGAGGAGAGAUUCUGGAGAGGUAAGAAUAUUCAGUUCAUUAUAA